GCAGGAUGCGCGGGGUGCUGUCGAACGGGAUGGUGAUGUGCGCGAAGAAGGGCGACGUGAUUGAGCCGCUGUACCCGCCAGCAGGCGCCGUCCCAGGCGACGUCGUCGACUUUGAACGCCACCCACGCAACCCUGAUGCGGUGCUCAACCCCAAGAAGAAGAUCUUCGAGGCUGUUCAGCCUGAUUUGUUCACGGAUGACGACGGCGUGGCAAACUACAAGGGCGACGCAUUCAUUGUCAAGGGCAAGGGGCCUUGCGUGGCCAAGGUUGCAAAGGGCGGUGUUGUGUCGUAACAUGACAGCCGUGCACACACUUGCAUCAUCACGCGUUCCCCUACUUUCCUCUCUCCUCUCCUCCCCCCCCCUCUUCUUCUUUCCCUGCAGGUCAUUGCUGUAUUUGGUUGUAUCUUGUGCAACCCAACAACUCAUGUUGCCUGCACGCUUGCUCGUUCGCUCGCUUGCUCGUUUGCUGUGCUGUCACAGCCUGCACCAUACAGUACAGCGAAAGACACUGAGACGACUUGUGGUUGUUGGAGAUGGAAGCAUGAUG